GAGCUUGCUUGCGUCGGUUGGGCAACGUUUUGUUUACGUUCUUGCUAGCUAGCCAGCUAGAGGUUCACCACCCACAACACAACGGUUUAACUGUGUAAGCUAGAGUGAGAGAGGUGGAAAAAAUUGGUGUAAAGGAGUGCUAAAUUAUUAGUGGAUUGUUGAAGGUGCAAAAUCGGUGCUGCUAAGGUGAAAAUUGGCAAUUCUUCCCCGGUACGGUGCAACCAACGCGACUACAGGAGAUUCAGGCGUCUGGUUCAAAGAAGCAGGAAUUCGUGCAGCACACGGGAGUCAUCUGCAGUGAAGCGUAAAACGCAAUAUAGGUUUGGUUCCUCUUCUGCUAAAGGUACACUACGGAGUUGGAAGUCCAAUUGGAAAAAAGGGCACAGCAAGGGACACUUCGAUGGCUGAUGAGAUAAUCGAUCCCAGUACAAUUCGGAUGGGUUGAUUCUGCAGUGAGACUGCAGCAGAAUUCAUUGAAAAAAUUGAAAAUCUAUUUCUCAUAAAACCUUUCGCUAGAAAGUGUUCUGACUAACGGGAAUAUAAUUCGACCUGCACGGUAGCUAUUUAAUUUUAAAUCAAGCGAUUUAGACGCUUAGUAGGAGUGAGCAUUUCUUUUUGUAUGAUUCUGUUUUUCAUUGUCUAACGCAGACGAAAUAUUUUAGCCCGACAGUGAAAAAUUGGGCGUAUAAGUCAGAGAAUUUCGGUGAGGUAUAGAGGAAGCACCGGGAAAGCAACCGGGAACGGAACGGAAGUGGGCCAGGUGUGUGGUAAGCGACGAGUGCGGCAAGGUUGAAAGUGAUCCGAGCGGAAGAAGAGGGCGAGUGUGCGGUGAAAUAAACCACCCGCAAGAAACAUCCAAAAAGUGAACCAUUUGGAAGAAGCCAAACCAACAAAAUCGUAAAAGCAAAAAAGAAAAGAAAAGAAAAUCAUAUAAAUUUAAGUGUGUGUGCUGCGUCUUGGUCAGUGGGUGUCCUCUGGGAAAACGUUAAAAAGUUCAAUCUGCAAGAUUUAAUUCCUCAAAACAAAGGGGAAAAAGAAAACGAGCGUUUUGCCUCAACCCCAUCUCGAGAGUGAGUGUGAUUUGAUUUGCCAAAAGAGCAAAUUCAGCGGUGAAACCUUCUUCGGUAAAAGAAUGAUCGAUUGUGGGGCUUGAUUGUUUGAGGAAAAAUCGAUAUUCCGGUGGAGCAAAUAAUAUAGGGUGUGAGUGCGAGCGAGUUGCAAAACCGCGAAUAAGUUUAAGCACAAGAAAUCAGUUUCAAUAUAUUCAGAAUCAAGAUAAGUUUUGUCAAAAAGCUACAACACAACUGAACCAUGGCUCUGGAGGAAACCCAGAACGGGACGGCUGUCCAGCCGAAGGAUGCCUCCCAGAAGCAGCAACUGCAGCCAUCCUCGUCCAGCGAAAAGCUGAACCUGGUGGCCAAUGGGACCGAAAAAUCUAGGAGCAAUAACAAACAGAACGACACAAACACAGCCUUCCUGAGGGCAGCACGGGCAGGAGAUCUUCAAAAACUCGUAGAGUUCCUAGAAACGGGACAAGUCACAGACAUCAACACAUGCAAUGCAAAUGGUCUCAAUGCGCUGCACCUCGCCGCCAAAGAUGGCCACUACGAGAUCGUGCAGGAGCUGCUGCAGCGAGGCGCCAACGUCGAUAAUGCCACCAAAAAGGGCAACACGGCACUUCACAUAGCCUCGCUGGCCGGGCAGAAGGAGAUCAUCCAGCUGCUGCUGCACUUCAAUGCCUCCGUUAAUGUGCAAUCUCAGAAUGGCUUCACCCCCCUCUACAUGGCCGCCCAGGAGAAUCACGACGAGUGCGUGAACCUGUUGCUGGCGAAAGGAGCGAAUCCGGCCCUGGCUACGGAGGACGGAUUCACACCUCUGGCCGUAGCAAUGCAGCAAGGUCAUGACAAAGUCGUUGCGGUUUUGCUGGAAAGUGAUACCCGGGGUAAGGUGAGGCUGCCGGCACUGCACAUCGCGGCCAAGAAAGACGACGUCAAGGCGGCGUCCCUUCUUCUAGAGAAUGAACAUAAUCCAGACGUGUCGUCGAAAAGUGGUUUCACACCGCUGCACAUAGCCGCCCACUACGGCAAUGUCAAUGUCGCCCAGCUGCUAAUCGAAAAAGGUGCCGAUGUGAACUUCACAGCCAAGCACAACAUCACCCCGCUGCACGUGGCCUGCAAGUGGGGUAAACUGAAUAUGGUCUCACUACUCAUUAAAAACAAAUCCCGCAUAGACAGCGUGACGCGGGAUGGUCUCACGCCGCUCCAUUGCGCUGCACGGUCCGGGCACGAUCAAGUGAUCGAGCUGCUGCUGGAACACGAGGCGGAUAUCAUUGCCAAGACCAAGAAUGGACUGGCCCCUCUUCACAUGGCAGCCCAGGGAGAGCAUGUGAGUGCGGCGAAAAUUCUUCUGGUCAACAAAUCUCCCGUCGACGACAUCACCAUUGACUAUCUGACAGCACUUCACGUAGCUGCCCAUUGUGGUCACGUAAAGGUCGCCAAACUUCUGCUGGAUCGGAAUGCCGAUCCGAAUGCCCGAGCACUGAACGGCUUUACACCGUUGCAUAUAGCGUGUAAGAAAAAUCGAAUAAAAGUGGUCGAACUGCUGCUUAAACACGGUGCUACUAUCAGUGCUACCACCGAAAGUGGUCUAACGCCGCUGCACGUGGCCAGUUUCAUGGGUUGUAUGAACAUUGUGAUCUACCUGCUGCAACACGAUGCUAGUCCCGAUAUUCCGACGGUGCGGGGAGAAACCCCACUUCAUUUGGCCGCCCGAGCGAAACAAAGCGACAUAAUCCGGAUUCUGCUGCGGAACGGGGCCUACGUCAAUGCCCAGGCUCGGGAAGACCAAACGCCGCUGCACGUUGCGUCCAGAAUCGGAAACGUUGACAUCGUGAUGCUGUUGCUGCAGCACGGAGCCAAAAUCGACUCGGUCACCAAGGAUAACUACACUCCACUGCACAUCGCAGCCAAGGAAGGUCAGGAUGAUGUGGCUGCUGCUCUUUUGGACAACGAUGCCAACAUGGAAGCUGUCACGAAGAAAGGUUUCACCCCGCUUCAUCUGGCGGCCAAGUAUGGUAACUUGAAGUGUGCCCAGCUCCUGCUAGAUCGAGGAGCCAAGGUGGACGUCCAAGGAAAGAAUGGCGUAACGCCGUUGCACGUUGCUAGUCACUACGAUCAUCAGAAGGUUGCGCUACUGCUCCUCGAGAAGGGUGCAUCUCCGUACUCUCCGGCCAAAAACGGCCACACUCCGUUGCACAUCGCGUCUAAGAAGAAUCAAAUGGACAUCGCCAAUACUCUCAUCGAGUACAAGGCCGACGCCAACGCGGAAAGCAAAACCGGAUUCACUCCGCUGCACCUGAGCGCCCAGGAAGGACACCGAGACAUGUCGGACCUGUUGUUGCGAAAUGGUGCCAAUCCCAACCACCCUGCCAAAAACGGACUCACUCCGUUGCAUCUUUGCGCACAAGAAGACCAUAGUGAUAUUGCUAAGACCCUUCUGGAUCAGGGGGCCCAGAUUGAUCCCUCGACAAAGACCGGCUUCACUCCCCUCCACGUGGCGGCCCACUUUGGUCAGAUCAAUAUGGUUAAGUUCCUGCUCGAAAACGAUGCUAACAUCGAAAUGAAGACCAACAUUGGCCACACCCCGUUGCAUCAGGCGGCGCAGCAGGGUCACACCUUGAUCAUCAAUUUGUUGUUGAAGAAAAAGGCUAAUCCGGAAGCUGUGACCAAUAGUGGUCAAACGGCUUUGUCCAUAGCCGACAAACUCGGCUAUAUUACGGUGGUGGAGACGCUGAAGGUGGUUACGGAAACCAGUGUCACUCAAACUGUGGACGAGAAGUUCAAAAUCGUUGCUCCGGAAACCAUCCACGAGACGUUCAUGUCGGAUUCGGAAGAUGAAGGCGGAACAGACGACGCCAAUGCCCUUUUAACCGAAACGAUCAUCGUUAGUCAACAACACAUGGCGGGACAACAACAACAGCAACUGCAACCUCACGAUCAUCAUCAACAACAACAACUGAACUCAUGCAGCAGUAGUGGUGUUAUCAAGUACUAUCAGUCGCAGAUGCGUUACACACGCGAAGAUCCGAUCAUGUCUGAUCAGCAACAGUACAACUACAUGGCGAGUGACGAAAAUAAACAGUUUGAUGACACCAACAUAACCAACCUGAGCAUCGAUCCGAUGAAGGACGAGAAGUACAUCGAGAAGAUAAUCUCCAGUGCCGAAAGGAACACCUCGAUAGCCCCGCGCGAGAGCACACCCAAUCCGCUGGACAUCACCGUCACCGACAAUGUCAACAUCACCCGGAAGCCGAUUCACGUUGGCAGUGACCAGUCGCUUUUGGCCCAAACCAAUUUGGCAGAAUAUGUCGAACGGAAAAAUUUCGUACCGUUAUGUAGGGAAAGGUUCCUGGUUUCGUUCCUGGUCGAUGCCCGGGGUGGAGCCAUGCGCGGAUGCCGGCACAGUGGCGUCCGGGUGAUCGUUCCUCCGAGGUCGGCCGCCCAGCCAACCCGCAUCACUUGCCGGUAUGUUAAGCCGAAUCGGAUCACAAAUGCACCGCCACUGAUGGAAGGUGAAGCGCUGAUCAGUCGGAUUCUGGAAUUGGCACCGGUCGGUGCGAAGUUUUUGGGGCCAGUCAUCAUUGAAGUUCCACACUUUGCUUCACUGAGAGAUAAGGAGCGUGAGAUUAUCAUACUACGAUCGGACAAUGGAGAAACGUGGAGGGAGCACACCUUGUACGACAGUGAAGAAGCCAUCCACGACGUUCUGAACGAAACGUUCAAGGGGGAUACGUUGAACUUCCUUGAGGAUCUGCACACCAAUAGAAUCACUCGUAUCCUAACGAAUGAUUUCCCCCAUUACUUUGCUAUUGUGUCCCGUAUUCGGCAGGAAGUUCACGCUAUUGGACCCGAGGGUGGCACCGUUUCUGCCACAGCAGUUCCAUUGGUACAGGCGAUCUUCCCGGAGUACGCGCUGACCAAGAAGAUCCGCGUAGGGCUGCAGGCUCAACCGAUCGAUAUGAACGCAACGGCGAAUCUACUUGGUCGCAGCGUGGCGGUUUCUCCGGUGGUCACGGUUGAGCCGAGGCGUCGAAAGUUCCACAAGGCAAUUACCCUCAGCAUGCCGGCCCCGAAAGCCUACAACUCGGGCAUGAUCAAUCAAUACUCGGGUAAUGCCCCGACCCUUCGACUGCUCUGCUCGAUCACCGGAGGCCAGAACAAGGCCGUCUGGGAAGACGUUACCGGUUCCACGCCGCUAACCUUUGUCAAUGACUGCGUUUCAUUUACAACGACCGUAUCAGCACGAUUCUGGCUGAUGGACUGCCGUAAUAUCAACGAAGCCACCAAGAUGGCCACGGAUCUGUAUUCCCACAUGUCCCAUGUUCCUUUCAUGGUCAAGUUUGUAGUAUUUGCCAAACGAGUAGAUCAAAGUGAAGCCAAACUCAGUGUGUUCUGUAUGACCGACGACAAGGAAGACAAGACCUUAGAGCAGCAGGAACAUUUUACCGAAAUCGCCAAAUCACGAGAUGUGGAGGUGUGCGAAGGUCGGAUCAUCUAUUUGGAGUUCGCCGGCAAUAUCGUACCAGUGUUGAAGAGCGGCGAACAACUUUCAAUCACAUUCAAUGCGUUCAAAGAAAAUCGACUCACCUUCCCCGUUAAAAUUAAGAACAAUCUGGACGAUCUUCUCGGUCGCAUUUCAUUCAUGAACGAACCCAAAGUGGCCAAAGGGGAGAUGACUCCAACGCCGCUGUGCACACUGAACUUCACUCUGCCUCCCGAAAAAUAUGGCCUGGGUGGCGACGAACUGGAGACGGGCUCCGAAUUCGACCAAAGCUCCACCGAAGUCUUGAACAUCGAUCAGCAAGCCAUCGUCAAUGCAGCCAAUCGUAGCAAAACUUUGAACUUCACCUUCCAGAACGGUGACGGCACCAGCGACAUUCACAAAGCAGACAUCAAAAUUACCGAUAUAUGCAAUCUUCUUGGUUCGGACUGGCCUCUGCUAGCAGAGGAACUCCAGAUCCUGCCCAGUGAUGUCGACCUUAUCAAGGCAGAAUAUCCCAACGAUGAGGCCCAACAGUCCAUCGUAAUGUUGCGGCUUUGGCUCCGCCAAGCUGGCCGCGAUGCCACUGGAAACGUUCUCGAGCAAGCUCUCAUCAAAAUCAACCGACCAGACAUUGUGAACAAAUCCAUCAGCAAUCUGGAACUGGUCACGGACGAACGUGAACGGAAGCUGGCCAAGCAACAGCUGGGCUCGACAAACGGCAUCGACGAGGUUGAUCCGGCCAAACUGAAUGGCGUUGAAAAACCGGAACACUCGUUGGAAAAUUCGUUCCAUGAACCAGCGGAAGAGAAGCAGGAACACGAAACCGACGAGAAAACCCACAGCAAGGAAUCGUCGGCUUCCUCCCCAGACAACACCGAAGCCUUCCAGCAGAUUCGGAGGGAAAGUGCAAUCAUGGGUAUCGCUUCGUCGACCCGGAACGAAGAUCUAGCCACCCCGCCACCCAGUCCAGCAGAGUUUAACAUCUCCCCGCAACAGCAACUUCCACCGUUGGAAACCAGCAGCGAAGCAGUGAAAGUGCAAGAACCAUCGACUCCGAUCGUGGCGGAAGAGGUACAGGAAAUCAUUCAAGCGGCCAUUGCCGGCCACGACGAUACCGGCGGCGUAGAUGAAGAGGACGAAUUUGUGCCCGUUCCGGAACUCAACCCGGUCCAUCGGAUAGUGAUCCAGAAGCCGUCCUUCGACAGCUACGGCAGCGAAGAGGAUGAAGGAACCGGGUCGGAAGAUUUCGAACAGCUAGACUUGGAAACGGACAAAAGUGGAAAGGUGCGAACCAUCAAGAAGCACUCCAAGGUAAACAUCAAGAUCAACAAGCAGAUUGCUCAGAGGCCCACGGUGGAGGACAUCGAGUGGGAAGCUCCUCCUGCCAACCCAGAUGAACCAUCGGUAGAGAUGACAGAGGAAGUCGUAACGAAGGAAAUUUCAUCCGUCAACCUGGAGGAUGUGUCCAACGAUCGGAGGUACAGCUUGGACAACAUGGACUCAGAAUCUGCCUCGCUACGAGUAGACGCUGGCCGUUUCUACGAAAAAUCUUUCUCCACUCCCGGCGAGGAACAGAAGGCCCAACAGACUGUGAUCAUUUCCUCCGAUAAUAACAUCUCGGAAGUGGCGGCCGAUUAUUCCGGGGACAUCGACGAGUUCAUUUUCGUCCAGACAUCUCCGGAGAACUACGCCAAAAUGGAAAAAGAUCAAAACACCACGGAUGAGGAUGACAACAGCAAUCUGGUCAUCAUCACCGAGGAACACUACGAUUACGAAAUGGACGACGAUCGACGGUCCAGUGUUAUCGAUCAAUCUCCCCAAGAUGACGAUGAAGAUCAAUCUCCUCAGAAGUUCAUCGUUGGAGGCAGUAGUUCCGAGAGUGAUGAAGACAACCGGCGGCACGUCGGCCUAGAUCAAUCGUCCUCAAACCAUUACCCCAUGCAAACCCCCUCCGUCGAAAUCACAAAACCAGACAACACUAAGGAGGGCACCACCGCAACAUUCUCCAUUCGGACCGGUUGCUCCUCCAGCGGUUCCGACGUGGCCCUCCACGAAACCGGCGGCGAACUCAGUGAUGACGAUGAAACAGGUAAAGUCAGCACUAUCAAGCAGCCGCCGUCAGAUAGCGAUCAAACAGCAGCAGCAGCACCAAGCCUAAUUUCUAGCACCGAAGCAAAGCCUUCGAAUGUAAUGCCACUGGCCGAAGCCGCCCAAUUAGUAGCUAAUAAGAGCAACCAAGCGCAACCGUCAAGCGAAUUGCACCAGCAAACGCAAACGCAACCGCAACAAGCACAUCCGCAGCAACGCGAAGCCCAAGAAGGUGCCCAGGUAAAGCCAGAACUUGAUGGCGACCUGAACUUGAUGAUGAACUCGCUGGACAUUGACCACCGGCACCAGAAGCUGGUGGAGCUUGAUUGCGAUAAUCUCCUCGAGGACGAACAGUAUCCCGAGGACGAUGGCAACUUGCCCAGUGAGGAGGACAACUCAGCCUCGCUGAGGGUUGAAUUCGGUCAAGCCCCAGCGCCAUCCGACAGCGAUCUACUACUGCUCGAUUUCACCAACGGAGACAGUUCCAAUGAUCCAUUGAUCUCUUCUCAAUCACCACCGGUGAUGGCCAUCACAUCUUCUUCCGAUUUCGUUGACGAACACCCCAUUGCGGAUGGUAAAAACUAUCUAGUGCAAAAUACCGACCAGCUGGCGGGAGUGGAACCAAGUGAACCCCCAACCAACGACCAGGGUACCUGCCGGACCGACACCAAUACCUUCGUGAACGAAUCGGAUGAUGGCUCCGUUCGAACGACUGUUAUCACGACGAUCAAGACGAUCACAGCCAGUGCACCGGACCAGUCUAUCCCGGAGGAUCUGCAGCAACAAUUGCUGGAACAGCUACAAUCGGUGGCCGCCAACAGUCAAAACAUCGACGGAUCGAACACCGUGAUCACAACCAUGACGACUACCAGUAGCAGCGAAGAGGAAGCACGGGAUGCCCCCCAUCCACAGCAGAUCGAGGGUUCCGGAACACUGGCUGAAGCGCCGGAUCAGAACGGAACAGCGACGACGACGACGACGACGACCAAGACAACGACCACAACCAAAACCAUCACGCUCACCUCGACCGAUGCGGACUUUCCGGAGGAUGAACUGUUGCAGAAGAUAACGACGACGACGCAGCUGCUGCAGCAAGCCGGUUCCCCGGACAUCCGGGAAACGCGAACCGUCACCGUCACGGAAGUGGUCGAUGGCAAGCCAACCGAUCAGCCCUCGAUCAAUUCGAUCGUGGACGAGUUCAUGAACGAGGAGCGCAAGAAUUGAAUUACGCAGUAGAAAUGGGAUGAUACUGCUUAACGAGUUUUAUUCAUUGGUGAUGUUUUUUGGACGAAACAGUACGAAUCUGCUUCACAAUCGGCAACUCGAAGCACCGACAGAGGGCGAUACUUUGUUUUAACUUUACUGGAAUAAGUUAUAUUAAACAAAAGUAUUCCCCCAUGUAGACAGAUUUUUAUUGUAGCUAUUGUGAUUUUAAAUUCUAGAUUUUAAAAUUCAAAAUAAAACAAAUUACGUCACAAAUUUUCAAUUCUAACUCAGUGCACACCGUAGGAAAAAAAUCAUCUAAAAAUAUAAUUAUAUAUUUGCAAAUUGAGGGUGUUAGUUGCGAAGAAGUUCUAAAACUACCAGAUAGAAUACUUAGAAACGUCCCACACAAAAGUGAUUGAUUCUUGAUACCAACCCCUAAUUUAUGGUGCCUCCCCGAUGGACACUUUCAUAAUAUAGUCCUCCGGAAAGAAAAGCAACAACGCUUUGACUAAACUUGGAAGUGAGAUCGCGCGAAACUUCAGCGCUGCAAGCAAAUGGAGUUGUAAAAACAAAUCACACCACUGAAAAUUAAACCUAAUGGAUCAUUGAGUAACAAAAAAAAAACCAUGGUGAGAAGAGAUAAUUUAUUUUGCUACCAGUUUAUUUUUCAAAAAAGUCCUUUGGCUGAGCAAACAAAUACAUAAAUAAGGUGCAAUACACCUGUACAAGAUAUUUUCUGGUAUCGUUUGCAAAAUGAAUAUUUUAGAAGGAACCUCUAAAAUCAACCUGAACUUAACCUGAAUUUUUGAUUGGUUCAAAAAUAAUUCAAAUAGGUGAGAAACGGUCAAGCGAUUGAAUUUCCUUCCCUAUUAACAAGAAGGGAAUAAAUUGAUAAAAUAAUCUAGAUGUUCACAUUAAAGGUCAAGUUCAAUCUACAGCAUCAAACAAAACAAAACAAAACAAAACAAAAAAAAAUACAUUGAAGAAGGAAAGUAAAGCUUAAACAUUUUCGCUUGAUAAACUCUAUAUUGCAGAUACAAAGUCCUGUCUAGAAUGUAACACGAACGUUUUCUGCUUCCUUCCUCUGACUAUCUUCAGUGCCCCGAAUCGUAACGUAGAUGUCACUACUAUAAAAACAGUAUUUUUAAGAACAAGUUUUGCUACUUUUGUUUUUAAAUGUUGUUUUCCUUUGUUUUUGCCCCGCGCAUGUGUGUGCAACUAUUUAUUAGUAGAGUUCGAUAACAUUAAUUUAUAUAUUUUCCCAUGUUUUAUUUAAUUUCUUGUUCCAUUAUACUUUUAUUUGUACAGACCAUUAAUAUACUUUGAAAGGUGUCUCUUUUCUCAGGACUGCCAGAACGUUGGGGAACAAACUCUGGCAGCUAUCAGUAUUUUCCAAACAGCUUCUGUCUGCUUCCGUUUUAAGUUCCAGUUAGCCUUUGUUUUUAUCAGUAAUCGGAUUGAUUUCCCUUGUAAUUACUAAGUACCAUAAUAUUAGAGAGAUGAAGGAAAAAAAAUCAAACAAGCCCCGUCCCCAUCUACAACAAAACUCUACAAACACAUACUUUCAAGUCAUGCUGCCAGAUUUCGUUUGUUGAUUGAGAGAAACAAAAACAAAAAAAAACACAACCGAUCCGGUUGUAGCUUAUGAACCUAAAAAAGCAACUAUCUAAAGCUCUAUGUGCUUGAAAAAAAAACCUACAAUUCAAUCGCAUAAAAAAACUACUAUCACAUACGCAGUACACAUACACGACUAUAAAAGUACGAAAUUAUAUUUAUUGUCAUUGUUGAAACUAAAUAAAAAGAAACAGAAAAAAAACUAAUUUAAGUGAAGAUAUAUGAAAAUAUAUAUACACAACACACAUAUAUUAAAUCCUCAUCAUGCAAAGGAGUAGUAGUGACAAGUGAAAGAAAAAACCAGAAAUUAAAUUGUGAGAAAAUAUUUACAGUAAGAGUUUAAAAUAAAGUGAAGAUUUAUUGUGACAAAACUAAAAACCGUAUCAAAUGUAUAUUUAACACUGAAACACAUGUCUGAAAAAAUAAAUAUGAAGAAAAAUAAACACAAAAAAAAAAUCGAUCGAAAAUAAAUUUUCAAUCUCUGCAAAAAAAAAAGUGAAGUAACACAUUUCGAAAUAAAAUGGAUUAAAAGUUUGCGCUACGAUUAGUUCUAGCAAUCUAGCAAUUUGUGGCUAAGUCGCACCAGAAGCACAUGCGAAAGAGAUUGGGAGCGAAAAAAAAUCCUUAACACACUGACGCCGAAGAGCGGAGAAAAUAUGUUUAAAGAAAAAAAUAAACGGGAAUCAAAAAUUCUACCACUACCUAGAAGAGAAACACGAUUUGAAACAGAGGAAUAAAUAAAAACAAAAUAAAUCUUGCUGAUAAAUUAAAA